AAGGCCUUAGAAUGUAUUGGCUUCUUUAACAUAUACAUGGAUUAUGUAUAGUAUGCAAUAGCUUUGGUAACUGGAAGUUAUGGAGGCGCAGAAGGAACUUUGAGUAUUUGGCGACCUACGCUUGAGGACGAUAGUGAGAUGAGCUUAUCACAAAUAUGGGUUUUAAGUAGAACGGCAGAUGACUUCUCUAUGUCACUCGAAGCAGGUUGGAUGGUCAAUCCUAGCGUAUAUGGGGAUCGAAGAACCCGGUUUUUUAUCUUCACCACGAAUGACGGCUACACCACAUGGCUCUAUAAUGAUAACCACAGAUCACAAACACCAAACAAUCAUCUGCAAUUCAGAAUAAUGGAUAAUUAUCUGCCCUUCGGUAUACAACUUGAUAGUUCAACUAUCAAUGGGGAUAGCACUGAACUUGAAAUCGUCAUCAAACAGGAUGAAGAUCAAGAUUGGGGACUUUGGGUGGAUGAUAACCAGAUCGGCUAUUGGCCAAAAUCAAAUUACAGAGCACGCAGUGCAAACACAAUUGAAUGGGGAGGUGAAAUAGUGAAUAAGCGGACAAGGGGAAGGCAUACGUCCACCCAGAUGGGGAACGGCCAUCUCUCGAGCGAACCGUUAGGGAGGGUUGCAUACAUCCGUAACAUGGCCUUAUACGACCUCGACCUGGAUCGUUAUGAUGCUCCCGGAGAGAUCAAUGUAGUAGCCACCAAGCCCAACUGCUACGAUCUCAGAUAUUCCCACUCUGACGAUGAGUAUGGCGAAUAUGUUAUCAUCAGUUGGGUCAAGUACCUGAUGGGGAAUAGAUCAUAUGUCAUUCUUAUUUUCCAUCAGGUCGAUUAUGAUGAUCAUCAGAAUGAUGAAGAAGACUGGGAAAUUUUGGUUGAUGAAACUUUGAUUGGCUACUGGCCAAAAUCAAAUUACGAAGUAAACAGCGCAAACGAAGUUGCAUGGGGAGGGGAGAUCGUGAAUCGGCGGACAAGAGGAAGGCACACAUCCACCCAGAUGGGCAGCGGCCAUUUCUCCACCGAUGAUCUCGGGACGGUUGCAUACAUCCGAAAAAUGGCCUUAUACGACCUCGGCAUGGACCUUUAUUAUCCUCCCGAAGAGGAUAUUGAUAUCAGCAAGAACAAUGGGAACUGCUAUGAUGCCACAUAUUGGGAUCUUCGUCAAGCAGAUGACCAUGAUGACUUUGGCCAUUACAUAACUAUGGAAGGGCCUGGUUAUCAUCCACGCAAUUGUCCUUGA